UCACCUAUUGAAGAUUAUCGCCCCUGGCCUCCGUUAUCCUAACUUCUCUUCCGGUUCCUGCUUCCAGGUUGCUACCUUUCGGGGGUACAAACUAUUUUCGGCCCUGAUGCGUUCACCUGGUCAAGGCCCUGCCCGUGGUCACCAGCUACCUCACCCUCCAACCUUAACUACUCCCCUGUGACCUCUUCUAGGUUCUCAGCCUUACGCUUCCUGAUAUAUUUAUAUGAGAACUCCUUCCUCUUUUCGUCGACCUGUCCGCCUUCUCACUCGACACCUAUUGCCUCCGUGAAACAUUGAAAGACCUCUAGUCUAGAAUUCUUUACCUCUCCUCUGGACACGGCCUCCUCAACGCCGGUCAUACGAUGCGUCUCUCUAGUCUAGUCACAAGCCUUGCGGCCUUGGGUUGUGGCUUCGUGCAAGCUGCCUCGACUUUCAAGCCGACAAGGGCACCGGCCUUUCCCUUGCUCGUGCGGUCUCCGUACUUGAAUUCCUGGCUUCAAGGCGAGAGCGGCGGGCUUCUCCCCGGUAGCUGGCCUCGGUUCUGGACCGGCCAGAUCCUGGGCUGGCAGGGCUUUGUUGCUGUGGAUGGCACCACCUACAAUUGGAUGGGGGCAGCCCCGGGUCCAGCAAACGCAGAACAGAUAUCUGCAGAAUACACCUCAACCAAGACCAUCUUCACGUUUAAUGUCGCCGGAAAGGUGACCUUGACGGCCACCUUCCUCUCGCCAGUUUAUGCGGAUGAUCUUUCAAAGCAGUCCCAGCAGUUCUCUUAUGUCUCCCUAAAGGCCAAGUCAUCCGACGGCGCUUCUCACAGCGUCCAAGUCUACACGGACGUUUCUGGCGAGUGGGCAAGCGGAGACCUUUCGCAAGUUGUCAACUGGGACUUUGGCACCGCAGAUGGUGUCUCUUACCACAAGUUCUUCCGUGCCAACCAAGCGCCGUUUACUGAGAGCGGCGAGAUCGCUGCCUGGGGAACCUGGUAUCUUGCUACUUCCUCUGCCAAUGAUGUAACCUGGAGGAGCGGCUUUGCAGAUGACGUCCGGGCACAAUUCAGCGACAAGCAGGUACUUGACAAUACAGCAGACUCGAAUUUCCGUGCCGUAAAUGACAGAUGGCCGGUAUUUGCCUUCGCCAAGGACCUGGGGAACGUAAACUACAAUGAGCAAGAAGUCACAUUUUCUCUCGGUUUAACCCAGUCGCAAGUUAUUAGCUUCGCUGGCGCAGACGAAGGAAUGUCUUCACUCCCCGGACUCUGGUCUUCUUUCUACGCGAGCGAUGUGGAUGGCAUGGCGGCUUUCUACAACGAUUAUGCCGAUGCUCUCAAGACUGCAAACUCUCUCGACGACCGAAUCCAGAAAGAUUCGGUUGCUGCGGGUGGCCAGGACUACGCAACCAUAACAACUCUGGCUGUCCGCCAGAGUUUCGGCGCCUUGCAGUUUGCCGGCACCUCCAAGAAGCCGUACAUCUUCCUGAAGGAAAUCAGCUCUAACAGCGACAUCCAGACGGUUGAUGUCAUCUUCCCGGCGUACCCGAUUCUGCUCUACCUCAACCCCAGUUGGACCAGGUAUCUUCUGGAUCCCUUGUAUGAGAACCAAGAGAGCGGUCGAUAUCCCAAUAAGUAUGCAAUCCACGAUCUGGGAACCUUUCCAGUGGCCAAAGGCUACCCUUCGGGCAAUGAUGAGGCUAUGCCGUUGGAAGAGUGCGGUAACAUGGUCAUCAUGACCCUCGCUUACGCCAAUCGGACCGGCGAUAUCGACUAUCUCACCGCUCAUUACAAGCUGCUCUCCCAGUGGGCCGAGUUCCUGAUUGAAGACUCGUUGAUCCCGGCAGAGCAACUUAGUACAGACGAUUUUGCCGGAACAUUGGGCAACCAGACCAACCUCGCGCUCAAGGGAAUCAUCGGCCUCAAGGCCAUGUCUGAAAUUGCCCGGCUGACGGGCAACACGGACAGUUUUGGGUCCGUCGCAGACGACUACCUACGGCAGUGGCAGGGGUUCGGCAUCACAAAGUAUGCCAACCCACCGCACACGACCCUUUCGUACGGGAAUACCAAGAGCCACGGUCUUCUGUACAACUUGUACGCAGACCGGCUUCUGGGGCUCAACUUCGUGCCGCAGUCCAUCUACGACAUGCAAUCUGAUUUCUACAAGACCAUCGCGCUGGAAUUUGGCGUCCCGCUCGACACGCGCCACACCUGGACCAAGUCCGAUUGGGAGAUGUUCUGCGCCGCCAUAGCUAAGCCCGACAUGCGCGCGCUGUUUAUCUCAGACCUGGCCAAAUGGAUCGGCCAGACCAGCACCAACCGAGCCAUGUCGGACCUGUUCGACGCCAUCACCGGCGGUUACCCGGAUGGCGGACCCACUUUCGUUGCCCGCCCCGUCGCGGGCGGCACCUUUGCUCUCCUAGCGUUGCCGUAGGGACGGAAGUAUGGAAAGUAGACAAGGGCUGGGUAGUUGGGUCUAGCAGGAUUGGGGCAUAUGGGCCACUGGUGCGAAGGAGCUGAGAUAAAUCGACUUAGGAAUAGGGGCUUGCUACAGUAACGAUAU